UUCUGUAUUACAGUGGUUCUGGCAGGCAGUUCUCUCCUGACACUGUUUACAGCACAUGAUACUUGAUUCAGUCUCUUUUUUAAUCUGUGUGGGGAAUUAAAGAGAGCAGCAUCAAAGAAAGAGGUAAAAAAUAAAUUACAGUGAUGCACUUCCAAACUAUCCCCUUCUUUGUACUGCUCAUAAUUGGCAGUGUAUACCCCCAGUAUGAUUAUGACUAUGGGGUACCAGAUGACUACCCCUCAAAUGUAUUAGGACCCUCCUCUCCUAAUUGCGCACCAGAAUGCAACUGCCCAUAUAACUAUCCUUCAGCUAUGUAUUGCGAUAACCUUAAAUUAAAACAAAUACCCAUAGUUCCUCCUGGAAUUCAAUACUUGUAUCUCCAGAACAACAUGAUUGAGGGUAUAGAUGAUGACGCAUUCAAAAAUGUGACUGAUUUGAAAUGGCUCGUUUUAGACCAUAACCACUUAACCAAUGCUAACAUUAAAAAAAAUGCAUUUUCCAAGUUAAAAGAGCUGCAAAAAUUGUACAUAAGUUUUAACAACCUUACCGAGCUUGUGGGACCACUGCCAAAGACAAUGACUGACUUGUAUGCAACCAACAAUAAAAUCUCCAAGAUCACUCCUAAUAUUUUAGAAGGUUUGGAAAACCUUACUGUUGUACAUUUGCAGCACAAUGCUUUGAAAGCAGAUUCUAUUUCAAGUGCAUUUAAAGGCCUAAAAUCCUUGGUAUACCUUGACCUAAGCUAUAAUGAGCUCACAAAGCUUCCAAUUGGACUUCCACCAAGUAUAAAUUUCCUUUAUUUUGACAACAAUAAGAUUGGCAAUAUUCCAGAUGAAUACUUCCAAGGUUUCAAAGCUCUUCAGUAUCUCCGUCUGUCCCACAAUGAUCUAAAAGAUUCUGGGGUACCUGGCAAUGCAUUUAACAUCUCAUCUCUUGUUGAGCUGGACCUUUCUUUUAAUGGGCUCGAAAAAAUUCCAACUGUGAAUGAAGGCCUGGAAAACUUCUACCUGCAUGUCAACAACAUUAAAAAAUUCGAUCUGAGCAGCUUUUGUAAGGUUGUUGGACCACUGGAAUACUCCCGAGUUAGACAUCUGCGCUUGGAUGGAAACAAUAUCACCCGAGCUGACCUCCCUCAGGAGCUUCACAACUGUCUUCGUUUGGCUUCAGAUAUCGAGCUAUAAUAAGGAAACGUUUGUUAAAGUGGGGGUUUGCAAGCUGAUGAUUCAUUUUCUCUUAUGAUUCGUUCAGGUUAAAGAAAUCUAAUAAAAUGUAUAAUACUGAGGCAUGAAUGAUCAGUGAUCAAAUGCAUAUGACUCAAGUCUUAAGAUCUAGGAAAUAAGGCAAAAACAUAUUUUUAGCUGAAGCAAUACUUUAAUAAAUGUAUAGCAACAUGUGGAAAAAGAUAAAAAUACUAAAAACUAACCCUUGAUGGGAGAUAAUAAUGCAGAAUAUUAAAAUGUAAAUAUAUAGCAUAUUGAUGGUGGUCUAGUGUGGAACACAUUUUUCAAGUUAUGAAAAGUAGUCUAAUAUAUGCAGCAGGCAGCAUUUAUAAACACUAUGAACAUGUAGUACAUCAGAAAAACACCAUGGGAGACAUACAAAAUGGCAGCAUAGAUAAGGUAAAGGUAAUAAUAAUAUUGUGGGGCUAAAUAUAAGCAAUUGGGUCUCAUAUAUGAAAACUAGUGGUAGGAGGAGGUGGAGGUGGCACCCAUUACAACCCAUCUGACUGCCACUUUCAUAGAUGUGCUUUUACAAUAAAAAGCUGGUGUCGGUUUGGUUGUUGUGGGCACCACCUCUUCCUCUUUUCUGUAUUAGAUUAUGUUCAUACACUGUUAAUGCUUAAAAAAUAAAUAAAAAGUAAAUAAAAAAAAUGUUUAUACUAAGAGCUAGAGAUGAGUGAACUUAUAGUAAAUUUGAUUUGUCACGAACUUCUCGGCUCGGCAGUUGCUGACUUUAGCCUGCAUAAAUAAGUUAAGCUUUCAGGUGCUCCGGUGGGCUCGAAAAGGUGGAUACAGUCCCAGGAAAGAGUCUCCAGCCAACCGGAGCACCUGAAAGCUGAACUAAUUUCUGCACGCUAAAGCCAGCAACUGCCGAGCCUAGAAGUUUGUGACGAAUCGAAUUUACUGUAAGGUCGCUCAUCUCUACUAAUUGUUGAUCUUUUAUGGUCAAACUAAGAUAAUUUUCCAUAAACUUCAAUGCAACACAUUAUUAAACAGGUAAUAGACUCUUUAAUGACUGAUUUUUUUAACUGAAAGCCGCCAAUUUAUGGCUGUUUUACGGUUAUAAAAAUUGCGGAUUUUACAGUGUGUGAACAUGGUCUUAGUUUUCAUACGUUAUAGUCAUAGCUUUCAUUUUACUAUCUUGAAGUGUAACAUCUUUAAAAAGGCUGAUACUACUAAUAUUCUGGGCUAUAACUUUUGACUAUGUGUAUACAGUAAUUUUCAUUCACAUUCUAAAAAAAAAAACUAAAUAUAUGUAAUCUACUUGGACCUCCUUGUUCUUUUUACUAUCAUAGCUAUAUUUUUAUGUUAAGCCCAAAUAUGUACUCAGGUAUUGGAGUUUAUUGAAAAGUUCAUGUGAUAUUAGCCAUUUUAGAAUUGACACUUGACAUUGUUUUCAAUUGAAAUCUUCAUGGUAAAAAGCCAGUGUAUAUUUUAAUCACAUUUAAAAACGUUAGUGUCUCUUUGGUUGAUACUUUGAAUGACAAGUUUUAUAUUGUUACAUUUAUACAUUUGACAUAGUAUAUAAAUUACUGGUUAUUUGUUUACAUACUUGAUACAUUUCUGAUUUCUCCUUUGACAAAAACAUGAUGUCAUAACAAUUGUCUAAGAAAAACCUUGCAUAAUGGCAAGUAAUCUGCUCUGUGGACUACUCCACUUGUUAGCAAUAAAACCUUUUUUACAAUGUUAAUGUUUCACAAAAAUCAUUCAUUCAAAGAGUGUAACAGCAGAGGCAUAACUUGUUCCUUGGUGCCAAUGAAAAAUCACAGCUAUCACACGUCAUUCAUAGUACGGGCCUCUUCAUAUGGUACAGGGACCUUUUGGGCAUCCUCAGGGCCACUGCAACCUCUACUCCUCCUAUUGUUAUGUCCCUGCUUGAGAAAAUUUAAAUUUUAUUACAAUGCAAUACUGUGAUUUUGCUGGUUAAUGUACUUUGCAAUGUUGAAAAUGUUGAUUGUUUAAUAAAGAACAUAAAAUAAAUACAUUUGGGCAAUAGAAAGUAACCAGACAUAAUAUGUGUUAUAAUAUAAUAAAAUCUGCAUUCUAGAAUACAAUGUGUACAUACUAAAUAACAAAUAGUACUAACAUGCAACACAAUGCUAAGCAUCAAAUAGUACUAACAUGCAACAUGCAUAAUGUUUAGAAAGACAUAUGAUAUUUGUUAACAUAAUCCAUAUCACAUUUUGAGCCACAACAGUAUUUGGCUCCUAUAGUAAAAUAAAAUGUUUCCAAAUGUU